AUGCCCCCCAUAUCAGACCGCGCGGAGUCUGCUACGAGCUCUGGAGACGCCGGUCCUGCUCCGAAGCCAGCUCGAAGUCGACGAGGCUGCUUUGAAUGCAGGCGAAGAAAGAUCAAGUGCGAUGAGCGGCAGCCGCUGUGUGUUUUGUGCGAGAAGGGCGAUAGGGUGUGUGAGUGGCCAAAGCCUGGCGAGGGGCACAGGAACAAGCCCAGACGAGUCCCAGAAGGUCGGGCGUCGGACAGGAGCGGCCAAUCCCAACCAUCUACCUCGUUCAGCGUCCUACAGCAGAUCCUCCCAUCCCACCUGCACGUCCAAGUUCCCUCGGUCGACCCGCAGGCGCUCCACGACCCCUUUCAGCAUCCGCCGCAGAGUCACUACCCCUUCGUCGCCCAUGCUGGAGAGGCUAGCGGGAGUGGCAGCGGUCGCGCUGCGUCCCUCGAAGCUCGUACGGCCGGUCCGGCGACAUCAAGCCAGUCAAGAAUGGACGAUUUCUCAGACUUACUGCUGGCUCCUGAGCGCCAGGCUGAACAGAUGGCCGACCCCGCUUUCCUGGCCCCUUAUCUCCCUCGAGUGAGCGACCGCCUCGUCAUGCGACACUACCUCCUCCACAGCUCUCGCAUCAUCAUGGCGUAUGACUCUCGUCGUCAUCCUUGGAAUCCCUGGAUCCUCUUCCAUGCUCCAGCGGCAUUCAAGUCCCUUCCAGAAGUCAGCCCCGCCGAAGACGCACUCCGAACAUCUCUACUCGCCAUCGGAGCAGUACAUCUACGUUACAGUGGGGCGACCAAAGACGCUCUGGGAGCUUGGAAGGUCACCUAUCAGGCGAGAUCGCAAGUCUGGUCCUUUGUGAAGCGGACCAAGGUGUGGGAGGGCGGUCCGAGGGACAUGGCAGAAGAGGAGGAGCUGGAUGUAGUGUUGGCAGCUCUGCUGGGAUGUACCAUUGCUAGCAGCCUGGCUGCCGAUGACCUCUGGCACGAGCACCUCAUGUCCGUCAUCUCCUUUCUCGACCGACUCGGCGGACCCGCCUCUCUACUUCAAAACGAGCGCCGAGACCGCAUGUCCCUCCGCCGCUUCUGCCUCGAACAGCUCGCAACUCGCGAGAUCUUUGGCUGUAUGUCAACGGAUCAGGCGCCGCGCAUCCUGACGGAGGGGUUCGAGCGGUGGUAUUUGGAGAUGGAGAGGUGGUCUAACAAGGGAGAAGAGUGGGAGAGUGUGGACAAGAUGUUCGGGAUAUCAAGGCAUACUGUGACUGUGAUUGCUCGGGUAUGUAUUCUUCUUUCUGCUGAGGAGGUCUUGGCUGAUCAGGCAGGUCCACCCUUACUCGCUCGUCACUCCCCUUCGGACCUACCAUCGUCAUUCCACCACUCCCCAAGCCGUUCCCUCUUCGCAUCGAUGACGCCCGCAGCUGCUGCCGCCAAAGAGGCCAACGGGCUCCUGCGCGAGUUCGAGACUUGGGAGGCAACGUCUAGCUUCAUCCUCUCGCAUCCCCGAACCGCGGCGGGCGAUCAUGCUUAUCGGCAUACCCUCCGCUUGAGGAUGUAUCGAGAGGUGUUCAGACUGCCGAUGGGGGAAGAAAGGGUUCGGGAGGCGGUCAAGGCUAUUAUGGAAAUUGCAAAGGAGGUAUUGGCUUGGUACGGGCGGAUUGUUUGGAUGACAUGGCCGAUCCUUGCUGCUGGUUUCAGCAUGUUCCCUGGUGAUCCAUCCCGCAACGCCGCUCUGGAGCUGCUCUGCGAGUUUGAACCCCACGCCUGCUUUGACAAUGCCGCCGCCUGCAGAGCGCUACUCGAGUUUUGGCGAUACAACGAUGCGUCAGAGGACGACCUGCUCCCGACAGAGGUGUUCCGGAGACUAGAGUCAAGACCGUUCUUGGACUAA